AUGCAUAUAGUUAGUGAAAUGACAAAAGUUUGUGGAGAAGUUACCUUAAUAAUAUCAAAGAAGAUGGGAAAACGCAAUGCUAUUACAGAGGAUCGAACAGAGUUCCAUAACUUUUUUAGCAAAGCUGCCACGAACAUUUUAAACACCUCUUUGGAACCAGAACAGAAAAAGAAUUUAUUAAAAAGUAUCUAUUCGAAUUACAUGGAAGAGUUUGGAAAGAAUACGAAAAGUGGAAAAGGGAGCAUAUCAAAAAGCUCGAAAGAAUUAUUGGAAAAAGUGUACGCUACAAAACAAUGGCUUACAAAAGAAGAAAGAGAGUUGGUAGCUAAAAGGUGCCAGAUAACACCAUUACAAGUAAGAAUAUGGUUUAUUAAUAAACGCUCAAGAUCAAAAUAG